GUAGCUUCUGGACUCCCCAUUACAAUUAUUGGUGCUGCCAUCGGUGCUGUUAUCCUUGUUGCAUUCAUAAUAUUAAUCAUCAUCAUUGUUGUCUGUGUUGCCAGGUUUAAAAUGUUAUCAAAAACUGCUGACAAUGCAUAUCCGUCUACCCUUGACUUGGAGGCAGUCAAUGAAAAAGCUGAACUGAGAGAAUUUGCUUCUUUACAAAAUGGGAACGUAGAGCAUGAGGAAGAGGAAGAAGAAACUGUAGCAUAUCCUGAAGUAAUACCUGAGGAGGAAAGGAUGAAGCCUAUCCCCAGGAGUGCUUUCUCUCAACACGUUAAAGAGAUGCACAGAGAACGAGAGAAAGGAUUUGAACUUGAAUACCACUCACUUGCUUCUCCUAAAGUCUAUCCUCACUUUAUUGCUAAACUCGAUUGCAAUGGACCCAAGAACAGAUUCGCUAACAUCUAUCCAUUUGAUGAUUCUCGUGUUGUCCUCUCAGUGUUGGAUGGUAUUGAAGGCAGUGACUAUAUUAAUGCUUCAUUUAUUGAUGGCUACAAUAGACAGAAUGCUUAUAUAGCAGCACAAGGUACAGGAAUACAGUCAUUCAUUUUAUAG